UGUUCAUCUUUCAAGUCUAGUUGUCUAAAUUUAAAGUUUCUACUAAAAUGACUUCUACAAAGAUUUUCGCCGCGUGUGUUCUUUUGGUAACAGUAGCAGCCGAACAUUAUCCAAGCUAUAAUAACUAUGGCGCACACAUACCUAUUCUACGCUACGAAAAUGUAAACAAUGGUGAUGGCAACUACAGAUACAGUUAUGAAACUGGUAACGGCAUAUCUGCGCACGAGAGUGGCUCACCCCGUGCCCCAGGCCCCGAGGGUCCCGCGGUGACAGCGGAGGGAGGAUUCUCGUACCGCGCGCCCGACGGCCAGCAAGUCUCCCUCACCUACACAGCAGACGAGAACGGCUUCCACCCAACUGGCUCACACAUCCCUACGCCCCCACCUAUCCCAGAAGCUAUCCUCCGUUCCCUUCAGUACAACAGACAAAAUCCUUCUUUGUAAGUAUUGUAUUAUUGCUUUAAAGUCUUACUAACUAAACAACUGAAUAUACUGCUUCUA